AGGGGAAAACAACAACUGUUUUGGAAAUGGAGCACAAUGUCGUUGAUUUUAUUACGCUGUGCGAGAGCCCCUACACAAGUGACUUUCAGGAUCCUUACGCCGUCGUAGUGUUACUCCAAAACGACUUGGUUGUGAUUGACCUAUUAACUCCGGGAUUCCCCUGCUUCGAGAAUCCAUACCCGAUGGAUAUACACGAAUCUCCAGUUACCUGCUGUUCAUACUUCGCUGAUUGCCCAUCCGAUCUAGUUCCAGCAUUUUACUCAGUUGGUUCAAAGUCCCAGAAAAAAACAGGAUUCAGUGAAAGAGAAUGGCCAGUUUCCGGUGGCGAAUGGAGUUCUAAUUCUAGUAGCUACAAUGAAAUUAUUCUCACUGGUCACGCCGACGGAAGCAUAAAAUUCUGGGACGCUUCAGCUGGUUCACUGCAACUACUUUACAAAUUGAAAACAGCUAAACUAUUCGAAAAGAGUAAAGCCAAGAGUUUGGAUAAUGAAGAAGAUCCACUGGCGAUUCAAUUAAUGCACUUGUGUCCAGAGAGUCGUAAGCUAGCGAUAGCUGGAGCUGGACGACACGUUGUCCUAUUUAAAUUUAAGAAGGCUGAGAGCAUGUCAGAAGUAGUGACAUUGGAAAUAUCGCUCACAUCCGAUGGAAAAGAUACGGAGGGCUCACCUGAUCCCGAUUUGGAUCCAUGCCAAAUACCAGGUGUGGAGGAGUCAAGAGCUGCCGAGGCCGCCAUGUCGUUAAAAGUCAAGGGAGGCCUGCAAAAGAGAGCCCCUGGAUUUCAAGCGACCCUCAUUUGUUUAACGUCAAAUGCCGGCGGUGAACAAACUGAGAAUAUUACAUCACUCAGCCUCAACUCUUCUUAUGGCCUGUAA